GAAUGGGGUGCGCCUGCGUGCUGCAGAUCGGCUUGAGCUCCUCGUGAGCGUUCAUGGUCCUCUUUGGUGUCCUGCAACAGAUUGAGGAUCGUUUCGAGGACGCGCCGCCUGGUUCUCGACAUUACCGGAUGGGUUUAUCCAGGCGGUGCUUAUAUCAACACAAACAAUGCAAUGCAUAUAUCAACAAGUAGUCUUUUUAAUUAAUAUUUAAUAGGUUGAUAGCUGCUGGUCAUGCUAAUGUUAUAGUUUACAAGCGUGCGCGCGCCACUGGAGACCCAUGCGAACUGUUUGCACGAGUAGCAAUACAGGCGAAAACUUGACGGGAUAAGAAAAACGUGCACUAAACUGUGGAGAGAUGUCAGUCCGCAGGAGCAGAUCGCAUCGCUCGCUGAGACACGUUGCUAUGAUUUUCAUCCUGCUGUGUGUCAACAUCGCUGAAACAACCGCAGAAGAUGAUGCUUUCAGCGCAGAGUCAUGGCUGAGGACCUAUGGCUACCUGUCCCAGGCUAGCAGACAGAUGUCCACCAUGCAAUCAGCCCAGAUCCUUUCUAGUGCCAUUAAGGACAUGCAGCGCUUCUAUGGCCUGGAGGUGACCGGACACAUGGACUUGGCCACUAUUAAAGCCAUGAAAAGACCUCGCUGUGGCGUGCCAGAUCAUUUUGAGGAGUCAGCAGAGGGAGGUACUCGGCGUAAGCGAUACGCACUUACUGGCCACAAAUGGGAUCAGGACAAGCUGACUUACAGCUAAUGAUGAGAAAAAAAUCUUUAUUUCCUGCCCAAGAUUCAGAACCACUCACCCAAAGUGGGCCAGGAGCAGACCUACGAGGCUAUUCACAAAGCCUUCAAGGUUUGGGAGAAAGUAACGCCUCUGCAGUUUGAGGAGAUCCCGUAUCACGAGAUUAAGAAUGGCAGUGAGGGGCCUGACAUAAUACUACUGUUUGCCGCUGGGUAUCAUGGCGAUAUGUCUCUCUUUGAUGGGGAAGGAGGCUCUCUGGCACACGCUUUUUUCCCCGGUCCCGGAAUGGGAGGAGACACACAUUUCGACAUAGACGAGCCAUGGACCUUGAACCAACGGGAGGGCUCAGGUGUUGACUUGUUUCUGGUCGCGGUUCAUGAGUUGGGUCACGCGCUGGGGUUGGAGCACUCCAACAACCCUUCUGCCAUCAUGGCGCCUUUCUACCAGUGGAUGGACACAGAAAGCUUCUCAUUGACUGACGAUGACAUAAAUGGCAUUCACCAGAUCUAUGGACCUCCAGAGACUGUCACCACUCAAGUACCUCCCACCACAACCCUGUUUACAACCACUGCUGAGCCGGAGCCCACCACUACAGUGGCCCAACUGAAAACAACCAGACCCUCGCUGCAACCCACCAGGCCCUGGGUGCCUCCGGUCCACCCCACUAGGAGGUCCCAUAGACCCAAGCCCACACCACGCUCAGAUCAGGAUGCACCUGACAUCUGCGAGGGGAACUUUGACACAGUGACCAUACUGAGAGGGGAGAUGUUUGUGUUCAAGGGUCGUUGGUUCUGGAGGGUUAGGAGGAACCGGGUUCUGGAUAAUUACCCGAUGCCAAUCUCCUUCUUCUGGAUAGGGCUUCCAGAGGACAUAGACGCUGCCUAUGAACGGCAUGAUGGGAAAUUUGUGUUCUUUAAAGGAAGUAAAUACUGGCUUUUCAGAGAAGCAGACGUGGAGCCCGGAUACCCUCAGGACUUGUUUCGUUAUGGUCAAGGCAUGCCUGACAGAGUGGACACAGCAGUGUGGUGGGAACCAUCUGGCUAUACGUACUUCUUCAGAGGAGACAGAUAUUGGCGGUUUAGUGAAGAAUCCCGUGCCGUGGAUAAAGAUUACCCUAAACCAGUGAGCGUGUGGGGAUCCAUUCCUGGCUCCCUGAAAGGGGCCUUCCUCAGCGAUGAUGGAGCAUACACUUACUUCUACAAAGACACCAAAUACUGGAGGUUUGAUAACAAGCGGAUGAAGGUUGACGCUGGAUACCCGAGAUCCAUUUUAAAUGAUUUCAUGGGCUGCCGGGUGCACUUUGACGCAGAAACGGACGUAAAACCCGGCCAUCGAUCGCCCGAGACGAACGACAAGAAUCAAGACCCUGACAACGAAGGAGAUCCAGAAGACGGAAUUGAUGACGACGAAGAUGAGAAAAAGGAAGUAGAUGUCAUUUUAAGAGUGAACGAGACUGAUGAACACAUCAUGACCCUCAUUUUGGUGACUGUGCCUCUGGUUCUGGUGCUGUGCAUUCUGGGAGUCAUAUACAUCAUCAUCACCACACUCCAGAGGAAAGAGACACCCAAAGUGUUAGUUCACUGCAAAAGAUCCCUGCAGCAGUGGGUCUGAAAACAUUCGCACACUUUCACUACCUAAUAGCCAAAUCUUAGAGACACACACCUUGUCGUUUAUGGUGCUCAUCCCACCCAAAACCCCGGUCCCAAUGUAGAAUUUGCACUUUUGAUUGUUUUGUGGUCAUUUUUUACAUUUACGUGUUGCAAGUGAUUCGUCCGUCUGCAAGUUUUUCCUCUUGAGCCCGUUCGGUUAUAGACUGUGGGGAAUGCUGGAUGUAUGAAAACAAGCUCAGAUCAGCACAUUUCUUUCACAUCCUCUGCUAACUGGCCUCAAUAAUGGAGGAAACCGCAAACUCUGUUGCAAGGCCUUGCGGAAAGCGCAGGGUUAAAAGAAAAGUCAGGCUUAAUAAAUUGUCUCACGCACAUUUAGCAGGGUUUAUAGUCUCUUCCCCCGUGGAGCCUUGCCUGACUUGCAUUACACAGAUGUUGCUGAUUUCGGACUUUAUGGAGAGAGAAAGAGGGGGAUGGGGGCUUGUAGCCUGCCAGCAUUUCCUCUGAGCGUGCCAAAGAAGAGGAGGAGGGAGGAAAGGCGAUUCGAGGCGUGGCUGUACUGUCAUCGUGACCUAGAUUAGCGUACCCCUACUUCUUUCUCCCCCCUCAAAGUUUGUUUUCCCCACUGUACUUCCAGUCUCCCCCAGUUGUGAAUUUUUUGUUUUUGUGAGGCAUUCCUGGCCUCGGAUUGUGUCCGUCAGUGCCUUUCAAGGCUGAAUCUGUGCCUUAAUAGUGCAGACCAUCACCACUGUGUUAUGUACUUAUUUUCACUGACUUCAUAGUAGACUUGGUGCAGUUUGAGCAAAAAAUUAUUUUCUUUGUUCACGUGGCCUUAUGUGUUUUAAACCUGUGUCUUUUUUGUAUUUCAUGUCAAUAUGAAUGUGUUUGUGCUUUUUCUGUAGUGCCAAAUGAAAAACUCUCCCUUAAUUUGGUGUUUUAUUUGAUUUUUGAUUUGCAUUGUUUUGUAUUAACAAUCGAGUAAAUCAUGCAGGGCAUGUAUUGCUUUUGUUCACAGAUAUUAUCUGGUAUAUAGCUUGCUCACAAUAAAAUGGAGUAUACGGA